GCAGUUUGGGGUUCCAAAAGAAAAUUAUGAUCAGGAUUGUGCAUCUUUAAAUUUUCCUUGGGAGAAUCUUUCUUCAUUUGAAAGACUUAUUUUGAUAAAAGUUCUUCGACCAGAAUGCUUAAGCAGUGCACUACGAGAAUUUGUAUCUGAGAAACUUGGAUCCAAGUAUCUUCAGGCUGGAGGCAUUAAUCUGAAAGAGAUGUAUGAAGAAUCCGAUUGUACAACUCCCCUAAUUCUUAUCCAUACUCAAGGAGUGGAUGCUGCAGCUCUCCUGUUACGCCUCACUCAAGAAAUAAAAGGAAACAGUCAGCAUGUUAAAAUGAUAUCUUUGGGACGGGGUCAAGAAAGCAAAGCUGAAGAAUUGAUAUAUAAAGCACAGAUACUUAAUGGACAGUGGGCAUUCCUUCAGAAUUGUCAUCUCGCAGCAUCCUUUAUGCCUAGGCUUUGCACAAUUGUUGAUUUGUUUACCCAAGCAAAUACAAACAUAAGCCCUCAGUUUAGAUUAUGGUUAAGUUCAGUGCCAGAUCGUUCUUUUCCUGAGCCUAUCUUGCGGAAAGGCAUUAAGAUAGUAAUUGAAUCCCCACAAGGACUGAAGGGAAAAUUACUCCAAACAUUUGGGAUAAGUGGUACUGGAGAGGUAACAGAAGUUAUAUUCAACAAAUCUACCUGUGGGCCAUCAUGGAAAAGGCUAUUGUUUAGUCUGUGUUUUUUCAAUGCUAUCAUCCAUGAAAGAAAGAAAUAUGGAGCCUUGGGCUGGAAUAUUCCAUAUGAGUUUAGUUUUUCAGAUCUGGAGGUUUCUAUCCAGAUGCUGGAGAUACUUCUUGACAAGCAAGAAGAUGUUCCUUGGGCAGCACUCCAUUACUUUACUGGAGAAGUAGUGUAUGGAGGCCGUAUAACUGAUGACUGGGACCGUCGAUGCUUGCUUAGCACUCUGAAAAAUUUUUGUAAUCCUUCUUUGUUGGAAGAGAAUUUUGUUUAUACUAUAGACUGUGUAUAUCGGCCUAUCUCUGAAGCUGAUACUUUAAAAGAUUGCAGAGCAUAUCUACAGACUCUCCCAGAGGCUGAUUCUGCAGAACUGUUUGGAAUGCAUCCAUGCGCUGAACGAGCAUUCUUAAAAUCUCAAGCACAGAUGUUUGUUGACACAAUUGCCAAUACACAGCCAAAAAGCCUCACAGAUGCCUUCAUAACCAGUGGUGGGAAGACCCAGGAUGAAAUAGUACUGGACAUGGCAUCUGACAUACUAACACGAUUACCACUGACUGUAGAGGAUAUAGGACUGGCAACAAAAACUGAAAGUACAACAACUCUUAGUAGCUUUAUGUCAAGCUCCAUUUGGACUGCUCUUGUGAAUGCUGCUAAAGGCCCUGGUUUUUAUGUCAGUACCCCUUUGAUAACGGUGUUGCAUCAGGAGAUUGACCAGUUUAAUCAUUUAUUGUCCUUAAUAAUUCAGUCAUUACAUGCACUUCAGCAAGGUAUAAAAGGCAAGAUUAUGUUCACCACAGAUCUAGAACAGCUUUAUAAUUCACUACUGAAAGGCAAAGUGCCAGACCUUUGGCAGCAGUAUUCUUAUGCGUCAUGUAAACCUCUGGGCUCCUGGACUGAUGAUCUCAUUCUCCGACUGAACUUCUUUGCUAUGUGGGCAAAUCAAGCAAUCACCUGUAUGCAGGCAAGACAUAAAUAUUUAGUGAAGCUUAAGAGGCAAACUGGAAAACUGCUUCAGCCUGAUGAAGAUCCUGACUCCUUUGCUGACAGCAAUCAGGGACACCCCAGUCGUUUUUGGCUUCCAGGUUUCUUUUCCCCACAAGGAUUUCUUACUGCUGUUCUUCAGAAUUAUGCUAGGUUGAAUAAAAUAUCAGUAGAUUCCCUUACUUUUAUUCAUAAAGUUCUUCCAUUUGCUCAGAAUAAAGAACAAGAUCUUAGAAGUGUAAAGAGAAAUGAAUAUAUAUUAAACAAAGCUUUUCAGGAAUCUUCUGCACCAAAAACGGGGGUUAUAAUUUUUGGAUUAUUCAUAGAUGGUGCAUGCUGGAGUCCUACUAAGGAAGCACUGGAAGAGCCUGACCUGCACACAAGAUUUUACCCACUACCAGACAUACUUUUUUUACCACAACAGAUUGGGUCCCAUCAAAGUUCCCAUUACCUGGAGGAGGAAGCACAGUUUCUACUUUAUGAAUGUCCAUUAUACUGGACACCUCAAAGAUCUGGAAUACUGUCCACUACAGGAAUAUCAUCUAAUUUUGUAACCUCAAUCAAUCUACCAGUUCUGCUAACUCCCAGCCACUGGAUAACAAGAGGUGUAGCACUGCUGUGCCAAUUAGAUGACUGAGGAAUGUAAAAGAAAGAACUCCAAAAUAUUUAGCUUUCAGCAGCUAGAUGACUUAUGUAAACUCUGAAUGUAUGGUGAUAAAAUGCAAAUAUAUAUAUUUUUCUUGCUGCUU